AUGUGUGGGAUCUGCUGUGUGGUGAGUUUGACCUCGUCUCAGUGUGCGCUUCACGAUCAUGUCUACGAAAGGCUGCGUCAUCGGGGACCCGAUCGCAGCCAGGACGUCACGAAAAGGUCCUCGGAUCCAGACUACAGUUGCCUUUUCUCCGCUCACGUCCUCCACAUGAGAGGAAGUCUGACUCCACAGCCUCUGCAAGACGACGACGGGAACCUCCUCCUCUGGAACGGGGAGGUGUUCGGCGGUCUGACGGUGGAACCUGAGGAAAACGAUACCAAAGUUAUUCUCGAUCAGUUGUCAUCAUGCAGAAGUCCGUCGGACGUGUCGUCCGUCCUGAGUCGGGUGAAGGGUCCGUGGGCGAUUAUCUAUUACCAGAAAGAGGAACAUUGCAUCUGGUUUGGGAGGGAUUUCUUUGGGAGAAGAAGCUUGCUUUGGAGCUGGGGGUCGGACGAGAGUUCCUUCACGCUGACGUCUGUGUCUCGUCGCUCGCCCGAUCUCGGUUCCUCAAACUGUUUAGAAGUACCAGCGGUUGGUGUUUACAGACUGGACUUGAAGAGCUGGUCACAGCGGGGAAGUCUGAAAGUUGAGGUUUAUUCAUGGGGUCAUCUUGAUUCUCACUUCACCUGGGAAGGUCUUCCCAGUUCCGUCUCCUUCGUCAUGAACGAUUCUGGACUGGUCCUGUCGUCCCCGGUUCCGCCGAUGAACAUGAACGUGAUGGACGCGGAACCAAACUCUUGUAAUUCCGGUCGAACAUCACUGGAUGACCUUAGGGAGCUUCUAAAAAGCACCGGGAAGCGAGAAAUGGCUCGCCGUCUUGUAGACGUCCUCGGCGAGGCUGUACGCAGGAGGGUGCAGCACCUUCCCCACACGUCGAACCCCGAUCAAGCGCAGGUCGCCAUACUUUUUUCCGGAGGAAUCGAUUCCAUGAUCCUGGCUGUUCUUGCCGAUCGCUACGUACCUCCGGACCGACCCAUCGACCUCCUCAACGUGGCUUUUAAACUCCAGGAAUUGAAGACGAAGCAGGGGUCAGGGAAGAAAGGAUGCCACGGUCAAAAAGAGCACGCGAUUCAACCGAAGUUCGACGUUCCGGACAGAAUAACCGGUCGGGACGGUUUACGGGAACUCACAGCGCUCAGUCCUUCGCGGAAAUGGAACUUUGUCGAGAUCAACGUUACUCAAGAGGAGCUUCGGGAAAUGCGAGGGAAGACCAUCUGCCACCUGGUGCAUCCUUUAGACACCGUUCUGGACGACAGUAUCGGAUGCGCCGUGUGGUUUGCAGCCAGAGGAACCGGAUUCGUAUCGGAGGGAACGCGAGAGAGGCGGCACAGCUCGACGGCAAAGGUCGUUCUGACGGGCAUCGGGGCAGACGAGCAGCUAGCCGGUUACUCCAGACACCGAGUGCGGUUUAAAACCUCAGGUCUACAGGGACUGGUCAAGGAGCUGGAUAUGGAGCUGGGCAGAAUAUCCUCCAGGAAUCUCGGACGAGACGAUCGGAUCAUCGCGGAUCACGGUAAAGAGGCCCGAUUUCCGUACUUGGACGAGGACGUGGUGAGCUUCCUGAACACGCUGCCGGUUUGGGAGAAAGCAGAUCUGUCUCGGCCCCGGGGACUCGGAGAAAAGCUCCUCCUGAGGCUGGCGGCCGUAGAGCUCGGACUCGGACCUUCUGCCGUACUGCCCAAGAGAGCCAUGCAGUUCGGUUCUCGGAUAGCCAAGCUGGAGAACAGCCACGAAAAGGCGUCGGAAAAAUGCACGAGACUGAUCGCAAAUUAGAGCGUGAGUCCUGUGCGCAACUGAAGAAUCUGUGUUUGAAUACUAUAUUAAAUAAAGCUCUGGAUUUUGAAGCUGUUCUCUGAAGUAUCUGUCGCAAUCUGUAUAAGAGGCGAGGUUUCCGACAUCGAACCGUCCGGAUAUCUCAUGGACAUACACCGGCCUCCUGAAACAAAACGAAACAGGAAAACAUACAAGACACGACGUGACGUUAUACAAAACAUAUACGCCGUUUUAAGUCGGAUAAAAUGAUUCAGAAUUGACGUGAAUCACCUUGAGAGAAGCCAUGACAGGAAGUUCCCCGGUGCAUCUCUCU